AUGGCUGCUCUGCUGAGGACUUAUCUUCUUCCCCUGCUCGCCCUCUGCGCUGUCCCUGCACUCACCUCCCUCCCUGGGACCUGCUACAGAGAAAUAACGGGGCCUCGACCGAGUCACGUGCUCACCAAGCCACCCCACGAGCACCUAGACCCGUCCUCUCUCCCGGACAACUUCGACUGGCGUAGCGUCAACGGAACCCUCUUCGUCUCAGAGGCCACCAACCAAUUCCUACCCUCCCCGUGCGGGAGCUGCUGGGCCCAUGCCUCGACUGGAGCUCUAACAGACCGCUUCAUAAUCGCCAGAAAGGCCCGAGUCUCGCAAACCAAGCUCUCUCCUCAAGUUCUCUUGGACUGCGCCUCUGACGCGGGGUCUUGCUACGGGGGCAACGACGUCCUGGCGUACAAGUUCAUCCACGAGCACGGCAUAACGGACGUCACGUGCUCCCCCUACCAAGGAGUGGACAACUACUACUGGGGAGAGAUCCCGUGUGACCAGAUGAUGUGUCGAGCCUGCGACCUCGCCAGCACCUGCAAGUUUGUGAACGGGACAAAGUACUACGUGUCCGAGUACGGCUCUGUUCAAGGCGAGGACGAGAUGAUGGCUGAGAUAUACGCCCGCGGACCUAUAGCCUGCUCAAUCUACGCCCACAGUCCGGCUUUCCUGGACUACAAGAGCGGCAUUAUCCAAGAUCCGACGGCAUACAACUACACGACACACGUGGUGGCGAUCACUGGUUGGGGAGUGGAUCAGGACACGGGGAUGAAAUUCUGGGUGGGUCGGAACUCUUUUGGCACUGCCUGGGGCGAGGAGGGUUGGUUCCAGCUCCACAGGGGCGUUAAUUGCCUCGAUAUUGAGGAGCACCCCUGCGCCUGGGCCGUGCCCAAACUGUGA